AAACAAAGCAGCCAGGUGGCAACGCCGCACCCACUCACUCCAGAUAUACUACAUAAAUAAUACAAUUGGCAAUAUUCUUAUCUAUUUAAGUAAAUAACAGUAGUGAUAAGCAAUAAGCGGAGCUCAAAUCACACAAUGGCUGAUCGGGCUAUCAAGCUGCUGGUGAUCGGGGAGAGCGGCGUGGGCAAGUCCAGUUUGAUACGUCGCUUCGUGGAGAACAAGUUCGACAAUAACCAUGACGUCACGAUUGGCAUGGACUUCAAGAGCAAGGUGAUGAACGUGGACGGCAUAGACUACAAGGUGGCCCUGUGGGAUACGGCGGGCGCCGAGAGAUUCCGCAGCCUGACGCCCAGCUUCUACCGGAAGGCUCUGGGCGCCAUUCUAGUGUACGACAUCACCAGCAGGGACAGCCUGGUCAAGCUGGAAACCUGGCUGGCCGAGCUGGAUAGCUACAGCGACAAUCCCAACAUUGCCAUCAUUGUGGUGGGCAACAAGAUCGACGAGGAGCGAGUGGUGGAUCGCGAGGAGGGCCGCAAGUUUGCCAGGAAGCACAGGGCGCUCUUCAUCGAGACCUCGGCCAAAUGCGAUCAGUUCGUCAGCGAUGUGUUCAAAGAUGUCGUGGAGAAGAUCGUCUCCUCCGAAUACUUCAACAAUGGCAAUGGCUCCGCCGGUCUGGACAUCGCCAGCGAUCGGGAUCUGGAGGCAAGCGCGACCACGUGUUACUGUUGAUUUCGAAUGUUCAUAAAGUCAACCUUAGCGUUCAAUCGUGUACUCCAAAUCUGAGAAGGGCUAUCGAUUCACUUAGUUUGCAGGGACAGAUCGGUCAGAACCCUAUCCCGCUAAUAUUCUUGCACGGCUUAUUGUGCAUCUGCUGAAUUCCAUACAUCUAUUUUUAACAAUUGCUGCAAAGCACCUGACAUUUUAGCAGGUUUUUAAUUUCGUCUUGUUUGCUUGCAUUUCCUCUGCGACCAGUCAGAAAUCAAGUUUCAGCAUUUUCUCUACAUUGUUUUUUAUUGACAUGAUGAUAGUUUUCCAUUUGCGUUCACGAACGCAACAAAUAAAGAGGAGAAUUGGAUCAGUGACCAACUAAAAUUUA